GCUUCCCUGCCCUGGUUUCGCCUGAACAGCUGCAUCAGCCCUUUAUCCGACGAAAGACACAAUGUCACAUCAAACGGGCAUUCAAGCGGGUAAUGAUGUGAAGGAUAUCUUUGCUAGUGCCAAGAGUGGAGACGAAUAUCGAGUCAUAAAGAUCGUCAUUGAGGAUGAGCAGCUGACCGUGGGCGCCACCAAGAAAGCUUCAAAGAAGUGGGAUCAGGAGUAUGAUUCCUUAGUGCAGCCUCUCCUCGAGGAUGACAUGCCCUGCUAUAUUGUGUACCGGCUGGACUCCACUAACAACCAGGGCUAUGAGUGGAUCUUCCUGGCCUGGACACCAGAAAGCUCUUCUGUGCGACAUAAAAUGUUAUAUGCUGCUACCAGAGCCACACUGAAAAAAGAGUUUGGAGGCGGGCACAUCAAGGAUGAGAUUUUCGGCACCAUAAAGGAUGAAAUGAGUCUCAGUGGAUACAAGAAAUAUCUCAUCUCGCAGGCUGCUCCCCAGCCCCUCACUGUUGCAGAGCAGGAACUGAGACAGAUCAAACUAAAUGAGGUGCAGACAGACAUCAGUGUGGACACCAAGCUGCAGACUCUGCAGGGAGUGAACUUCCCUAUUCACGAAGAUGCUGUUGCAGCACUUGAAGGUUAUAGGGACAAAAGACUCCACUAUGUACAACUGGAAAUAGACUCUGAUCAGGAGAUAAUCCGGUUGUGCAGCACUGAGCCAACAGAGGUGAAAGACUUGCCAAUGAGAAUCCCAAAAGAUGCUCCACGCUACCACCUUUUCCGCUACAAACAUUCCCACGAAGGCGACUACUUAGAGUCCACAGUCUUCAUUUAUUCUAUGCCCGGGUACAAUUGUAGCAUCCGAGACAGGAUGAUGUAUUCCAGCUGCAAAAAUAACUUUGUCGACAUGGUGGAAAAAAAUUUCCUGAUUGAGAAAAAGCUGGAGAUCGAUAAUGGGGAUGACUUGACCAGUGAUUACCUGUACGAUGAGGUGCAUCCCAAGCAGUAUGCGCACAAGCAGGCCUUCGCUAAACCUAAAGGCCCUGCUGGGAAUAGGGGUGGCCGCCGCAUCACCCGCAGACCCGUAGACGAAGAGGAGGAAGAUUAAACAGACCUCAGCACCCGACCACCACCUCCACCCCGAGCACGUUCCACAGUGGAACAUUCCUGCAUUUGGGGGAAAUCAUAUUUGACACGCUUAUUUAAAAGAAUAAGACAACACCUUCAAAUUCCCCCCCGAGUUCCCCCAGAGACCCAACUAUGCACGCCAAGGACAACUGAGCAAUGACACACAUCAGAAUUUCCAUUUGUAGCUUGCCAAAUGGAAGCAUUUUCAUAUAUGUUAGUACAGUCACAACAAUUAACUAACAAUGAUUCAAAGAAGCCCAAAUAAAGUCAAGCUUUUUACAUUGUUGCCAGCUCUGAGACUUUAAAAAUGCCAGUGUGACUAAUGUGAACUUGCGCCAAUAUGAUAAAAUCCCCCCACUUUGAGUUCACAUUCUCGAAUUCUUAACUUGCAUUCCUUAAGUCUGUGUCAAUUAAUGUGUCCGUGUCUAAUGUGUUGUACAUUUGUCUCCUACUGUUUGCACAAUGAGGUGCUCCAAAGCAGAAACGAUAUAAUUAUCCCACUUUGUGUCUAUUGAUUCAUUUUAACAGUGCAUUUUAUAUUGGAAAAUUGACUUCUUUUUUGAUAUAACUGUGGUUUACAUGAAAAAUCAUCUGCUGAGAAACUUAUUUUUCUAUGCAAGUGCUGUAAAUGUACAUAUUGUAGCUGUGUGAUGCUCUAUGAUUGGUCUGUUCUGGUGAUUGUCUGUGUCGGUGAGGAUCACAGUGGAAAGAACGGGCUUCCAGAAAUAUUACAUCAAUACAUCUCAGAUUUCACUAAGAGGAAGCUAUUCAAACUCUGCUGGUUACCAUACAAGAGGGCAGCCAAGCUUAUGGAUGGGAAAGGGAAUAUGAUUAGUACCUUGAUCAAAAUGUCGCCACAUCCACUGGUCUGCUGAUUAAUAUUAGGCAAACUACUAAGCUCACCUCAUAUUUGAAGGGGAAAUCUUUUCCUUUAUAUUCCGUGUCAUUCUAAUAGAAAAAAAAAUCAUGUUUGGUCUUAUUUGUUUUCUUACAAAU